CAAGCGCCAUUUUGUUCAGGAUGGAGCCUCACGUUGUCUUUUCUGUCUGCCUCGGCAUUCUGUGUAUCUCAGUUAUCAAGUGCGACGGGGACACCAAAAUCCACCCAUACACGAAGUACCGCUCCCUAGAGAUCACCAGAAAGCAGGUCCUCAAGAAGACCAUUUUCAACACCGUCUGCAGACCCAAGACACCGGAAAGUAGUGACGAGAUUGUCGUCACCGACAUGACAGUCGGGUCCAGAGUCGGUCCAGAAGACAAAAGCUUUGAGUUCACCAAGGUCAAGGACAACCACACCUUCCGAAACAAAUCUGAACUGCUGGAGUCUACCACCGUUAAGACCCUCAACGAGUGCGUUGGCAAAUGCUCCGACAACAAAGGCUGCCUGGCCUAUGCGUAUGAAGACAAUGGCAAGGGAUGCAAACUGGCCAAGACCUGUAAACCCUCUCUGUCGCCGGCGGCAGACUCCCAGGUGUUCAUGAUGUCCUACUGGUAUUAGCGUCGUCCAGGUGGAUCCUACCCGCCCAGGACACCACACCCUCUCAUCCGUUUAGUCAGAUGCUUUGGUGAUGUAGCGACUGGGGAAUACGAAUCCCCCUGCUGGUGUGGCUCUACGGGCAACUGUUUAAGCUAGCUCUCACGCUAAUGAAUGCUCUUUGUUAUUAAGAUCAGUUGAUCUUCUUUUUUCAUGCAUUUUGCCUGAAACCAUUGUGUUAUAUAAAUGUAGAUGGCUACUUUUAAUACUUUAUCUUUAUUACAUGCCUUUGCUUGAUUUUUUGUCUAUGUAAUGUGUUCAUCUUUGUUCUUUGUUAAAGUGUAAGAUUGUCUAUGGUCAAGACAUAGCGGAAUAUGUUGAUGACAAUAGAGAAUUUCCAGAUUUUCAUGCUAUGUACGAAUGACAUUUCAAUUUUGUUUGAAAAAACCCUGGUCAGACAGUGCAAUAACAUAUGCAUUAACAUAUGCUGCAUGUCUGGUGAUCCAGAUUAUAGUCAAACGUCUUGUCACACGCCUUUUUAAUCCGUAUGUGUGCACACAAUCCCUUCCAAAGACACUGGGAGAUGGUUCCAACCUUGCUCCAGGUCGGUGGGUCGUUCGAGGCUUGGUCAAGAGAAAUACAAUAAAUGCUGCGUCGAUCCGGUGCACAUGCCAUUGUUAACUGAUGCUGUUUAGAUGUAUAGCUUAGUCUUAUUAAUGUAUAUUUAUUGCGUCCAGUUCAAGCAUUGAAUUCUGAUGUCCCCCGCCGUGAUAUUGCUGGAAUAUUGCUAAAAGCGGCGUAAAACCAUACUCACUCACUCACUCAAGCAUUGAACUGAAUAUGACUUGGUAGUCCCCUCGUAUUAGUCACACGCCACUUCUCACCCUCCGAUUUUGUCACACAGAGGAUAUGACGUUCCUUUAAGACAAACCUAUUGUUGGGUUAUGGACUUGGUUCUGUUCUAACAGUCAGGUUUGAAGAAGGUGGGGAUCCGUGCAGUCAACCCUGUCCUGUGUUGUAAGGUGUGUGAUGGAGUGGAAAACAGCGGGAGAUACCAACUUGAUGAGUGUUUAAAGAAGGGAUGCGCCGUGGCAGAACUCAGAGCAUAUAAAAAGUAUUAAAUAAAACAAUUACCCCAAUCCAUGCACGUCCCAUUCACAAGUCUCAGCAGCCCCUUUUAAGCCAUAAAUUAAGACACUUGAGGGUCCUUUAAGCACAAGUGUUCCAUCAUAAAAUUACUUUCAAUGAACUUUAUUGAUUUAUGUUAUUGUGUAGCAGUAACCUGACAGGUAAUGCCAUGGUGACGGAUGUAUGUCAAAGUAUAUGCAACUGACGCAUGUGCAUCGUUGUUAUACCUGGAAAACAUAUUGUACGAUGUUGAUUGUAUAUAUGAAUGUGUUCGCUUUCUGUAUAUCAGUUCUAAUGUGUUGAAUUCAUGUACUUGCAUAACGUUCAUUUAAAUGACAGACGUGGGGUGAGGAAGACUGGCGGUCAUGACAUCUAUUGGAUAUUUUUUUCAAUCUAAUUAAAAUACAUAUUUUACUCCGACACGAUACCAUUCUGCUGAUGAUCUGUCGACAGCAUACAAGGUCGCGUUAUGGUAGCUCUGAGCGAACUUUGACCGCUCGAUAUAAAGGAAGGAUGCGUGGGUUCUGGAGCCAAUCAGAUGGCAGUUUUCUAAAACGAUUCGGUACAUAUUUUUAACCACCUCGAUUCGGACAUUUCGAUUUUAAUUAACGAAAUCUCUCACACAACACAGAUACUCCUUUGAUGGUGCUCCAGGUUGGUGUAGAUGCCAUCGUACAGGUAUAAAAGAUCUGUUUUCAGUGGGGCUGCUUUGUUAUUGACUUCCCGUGUUCAUGGGUAAUCUCAUUCACUGCUAUACAACCCGGAAGCCUGCUCGACGACAUCUGAACACUCUAUUCACUUCACACGUAGCACUGUUUCGGCUUGUGAUAAGGAGCUACCGGUUCUCAGGACUGACAGUUUAUAGAGAUAAUCCAAUUUUAUGAACGAGUGUUAACAUAUUUGAUAUCAAAAGACCUUUGGGUGAGAUUCUAUUUAUCAUCCAACAUCAUUCUUCCAACUUUUUCACUUUGUAGACAGUAAUGAGCAGUGUCUUAUGUGUAAAAAGUACUGCUAACAGCUUCAGCAGCAGAGCCAUUAGUGAUGUCAUUUGAUUGUGACGUCAUGGUAACAAAGCAUUGUGAUGCAAUUUCAUUGCAGCGAUGUCUACAAUGUAGAUAUCGCUUGAGUGAGAUCAAGCGAUAUCUCCAUUGUAGAUAUCGCUGCAAUGAAAUUGCAUCACUCAAGCGACGUCUCCUGUGGUAGCCAGUUCUGGAUCAUAAAAAGAUUUAUCAUCCCAACCUGGCUUCCACAGGAGAUAUCGCCAGAAUGAAAUUGCAUGACAAUGUUUUGAGGCUAUUGUGACGUCAUCGGUUACCAUGACGUCACACACAAAUGACAUCACUACCCUAUGCUGCUGAAGCUGGUUAGCUGUGUUUCUUACACUGACAUCAAUAAUACGUUUUACAGACUGAUAAAGCUGGAAGAGUUAUUUUGGUGAUAAAUAGAACUUCACCCGCAGCCUUUUGAUAACAAAUAUAUCAACACUCGGCAAGCCUCGGAAUUAAAACCUUUAUAGACUAUAUACAUUUGAUAUCAAAAGACACAAGGGUGAGAUUCUCUGUAUAUGGAGGGAUGAGGAUGUUCUGUAUUCCCCGCUAUUGUAUUAUUUUGGAGGGGAAAUCUCACAAUUCCUUAGUAUUGUAUUUUGUAAAUGCAUAAAUAUAUUUGUUUACCUACUCAGCAUUACUUUGGCCGCCAUGUAUGUAUUGUAACACACUCGACCAAAACAGACCGUGACUCUCAAUAAAGACCCUGCUC